AUGGGUGCAUGUAAGCUCAAGCUUUUUAGUCAAAGAUUUUUCAAUGAGCUGCCGGAGCAUCAGCGGGGCGAUGCGGUUAGUUCCAUGGUAUAUGAAGCAAAUGCAAGAGUGAGAGAUCCUGUAUAUGGUUGUGUGGGAGCAAUAUCAUCCUUACAGCAGCAAAUAGAUGUUCUUCAAACUCAACUGGCACUUGCACAAGCUGAAGUGGUGCAGAUGAGAAUGAGACAGUUCUCUUCGAUUUCGCCUGGCACUGCGACCAAUUCACCUGAUCACAACAACAUUACAUCUCCUUCGUCAUCCCGGCACACACAAUCUCAUCAUGAUCGUACGUCCCUUUUUGCAAUGGGGAUGGUAAUAGAUCAUCAGGCCAGCAUGGGAGAGUCCUUGUGGUCAUGUUAG